AUGUCCUCAACACCCACACCCACCACCACCACCACAAUAACAAACCCCCCCUCCCAACAACCGCCCCCCUUCGACUUCCCCCGCGAAUACCACUUCCCCCCCUUCUUCACGCGCCAGACAAACCUAACAACCCACCACUCCCAGCUCGAGAAGUGGUCCUCCCUCGUCCUCUCCUACGCCCGCCAGCACCGCCUCUUCCGCCUCUCCCUCUCCUACGACGGCACCCCCUACGAAGACCUCUUCCGCAACCGCAAGCUAGGCCGCUCGCUGCGCCUGUCCGACGCGCGCCAAGUCUUCGAGUUCAUGCGCAAGGAGGGGCGGGCCGAGCCCGUCGCGACGGGCACUGGGACUGGGAAUGCAAAUGCAAAUGCAAAUGCAAAUGGAGGCCCUGCGGGCGAUCUGUACUGGGUGUACUGGCGGACGCCGGAGGAGUGGGCGGCAUUGGUCGAGGCGUGGGUCGACGAGACGGCGCAGAAGGGCGCCGUGUUGACGUUGUACGAGUUGACGGAUGGGGAGGCGACGAGGGGGACUGAAUUCUACGGUCUCGACCCCGACCUCCUCCAAAAAGCGCUACAAGUCCUCGUCAAGCGCGGCAAAGCACAAAUCUUUGGACAGGAAGACCAGCAAGGUGUCAAGUUCUUCUAA